AUGCAAUCAGACCCAUGGAGGCAGGUGAUGUUCUCCGUGGUGCUCGUUGUGCUGAUGCUGCUCCUGCUCAGCUACUGCUGCUGCAUCUACUACAUCCGGCGACGGCGCGAGCGGCGCCGCGCGGUCCUGCUUCGCCGGCGAGAGCACGAGGAGCACCAGCGGAGGCUCCACCGUCUUGAGGAGAUACGGCAGCACUCCCUGUACCUGCUGUUCUACUCGGAGCUCCUCCAGGCCGCCACCGCGUCGGUUCCGAAUGCGGAGCCCGCGGCCGGCAACAACGGCUUCGCCGCAGGAAGCCCCCUCACUGGAAUCCCGCUCGCCACCGCCACAAGUGCCGCGCGACGCCGUAGCGCCGCGUCUUUCGUUGAGCAGGAGGAGACACCUAGAACAAAUCCUUAUCAGCCGCGGCAGACAUCUUACGCUGAGGAGGACUCUGCCUUUCGCUACGGCACCGCCGAGUACCUGGAACGCCCCCCCACUUCCGGGUCCGAGAACAACACGGAAGAGCAAGACUGUGGCGUUGGGUCACUGGGUGCGGUAUGCACGGCACACGCGGCCGGCAUGGGAGCCAAGAAAUAA